AUGACUUCCUCAAAGCCACCAAAAGCCAUCCUGUUCGACAUCGGCGGGGUUGUCGUCAUAAGCCCUUUCCAAGCCAUCCUCGAUUACGAAAUUGAGAACAAGAUCCCGAAUGGCUACAUAAACUUCGCGAUCCAGAAAGGCCCUCACGACACCGGCGCCUGGCAGCUCAUCGAACGCGGUGAAGUCGAACUAAAUGACGACUGGUUCGCGGCCUUUAAGAAGCAGCUUAUGCGACCGGAAGUAUGGUCGCAAUAUCUCCAGAAGCUUGCGCAGCAAGAGAGCGUCGGUGGUGGACAAGCAAUUGAGGGCGGGAAGCCACAGGUACCGGACAUCGACGCGAAGAAGCUAUUUUGGCGUAUGAUGAAGAUCAGCCGAGCACCGGAUCCAUACAUGUACCCUGCGCUACGAAAGCUAGGCGAAAGCGGAAAGUUUGUCCUGGGCGCGUUCAGCAACAACGUUACGUUCCCCACAGGCAUCCUCGACGACGAAGGCAAGCUCUUCACUAAAGAGCUCAUCCACGCACCGGCGCCGAACCCCUACGCGAACGACUCAACAGAUAUCACGACGUGCUUUGACAUCUUCCUUGGCUCGGCGGUGGUGGGCGUUAGGAAACCAGAUCCGGAGGCAUACAAGCUGGCGGUACGGGAGAUGGACAAGAUCGCGAGGAAGAAGGGGAUGGGAAGUGUGACCGAAGGUGACACUCUCUUCUUGGAUGACAUCGGCAUAAAUUUGAAGUUUGCGAAGAAGACGGGGCUAAGGACAAUCAAGGUGAAUCUGGGCAAGACGAAGGACGCUGUGAAGGAGCUCGAAGAGGCUGUCGGCAUACCAUUGUUGGACGAGAAAGCUAAGCUAUGA